AUGGCCGCGUCCGUGGCCCGGGUCGGCGUGACUGCCGGGGUCUUGAUGCGGGCAAGCAGGGGAGCUUGGUGGAGCAGAUCCGGUAGCUGUUCGGGGACCGGAGAGGCGGCUAUACCGGCAACAGCCAGGAAAUUCCGGGCGACAGGCUCGCGCCCAGCGGGGGACGAGGAAGGUGGCGGCCCGGAGCGGCCCGGGGACGUGGUGAAUGUGGUGUUCAUAGACCGGUCAGGCCAACGGAUCCCAGUGAGCGGCAGAGUCGGGGACAAUGUUCUCCACCUGGCCCAGCGCCACGGGGUGGACCUGGAAGGAGCGUGUGAAGCCUCCCUGGCCUGCUCCACCUGCCACGUGUAUGUGAGCGAGGACCACCUGGGUCUUCUGCCUCAGCCUGAUGAGAGGGAGGAUGACAUGCUGGACAUGGCCCCACUCCUCCAGGAGAACUCCCGGCUGGGCUGCCAGAUCCUGCUGACGCCUGAGCUGGAGGGGGCUGAAUUCACCCUGCCCAAGAUCACCAGGAACUUCUACGUGGAUGGCCACGUCCCUAAGCCCCACUGA